CUCUGUUAUUUGUGUCUUUUUCACAGAAGAGUUCUUGCAGACUUCAUUAUUUAAUGAUAAUGAAACGAAGAUAAACAAACUUUCAUGUGAAAGGCACAAAAUUUAAAAUAAAAUUAUAAAAAAAAAGUAUCUAAGCCUGUUGUACACACCCCUGACGUAAGCUCCUUACACUUUAGCAUUGUCAAUGCGACACAUUAGCCUUGUAAUUCUACACGCUUGCGCAAUGGGCAGCGUCGGCAACUUCGUGGUGCCGCCCAUGAAUGACAGGCUCUACAUUGAAGAGGGAGACCUUCUCAUCGGCGGCAUCUUCUCAAUCACAGAUGAGAUCGAUAAACCAGCGUGCGGUCAGAACGUUAGUGAAUUCUUCCGCAUCGACUUAGUGGAGUCUGUAGUCUUUUCCAUCAGGGAUAUAAACAAGCAGUUAUUUCCAGACCUGAAACUUGGGUUUGUUAUAACUGACGCCUGCAAUCAAAGAAUUAUAGCAGCUUUGCAGGCGUUGAGGUUUUCGCGCAACUCUGAGGUGCAGAAUUCCCGAAACGGCUCCAGUAAUCUAAAAAACGAUAAUUUUCAGUCCUUUGAUGUUGUCGGCGUCAUUGGGACCGAAGCCAGUUUGACCACCAUCCCUGCAGCUAUAGUUCUCGGCGCCUCCCAAAUUCCAAUGAUCAGUUUUAGGGCCACCUAUGAUGAAUUGAGCGAUCAGAAGCUCUUUCCUAAUUUCUUCAGAGUUGUGUCCCCUGAUGAAGUCAUGCUGAGCAGCAUGGCUCAUUUUAUCGAAGAUCAGCACUGGUACUAUUUCUCCGUCGUGUACGACAACGACUACCAGUACCAAUCUCUGAUGUCAAAACUCUCGCGCACGACUUACUGCGAGAGCGUUCAGAUCAAAGUAGAGGAGACUUCCAACUUCACGGACGUCCUCACCCAACUGACCACUGGUAAUUACAGCUCCAAGAUCAUCGUCGUCCUGACCAGCGACUUUAUCAGCAAGAUCAUCAGCCAGAAGGUCUACGAGCUGAAGUUGAACAGGAAACUUCUUUGGCUCGGCUCCGACUCGUGGGCGCAGCUCAUUUUCGACGGGCGCGCCCCGGACGGCACGAUAGGGGUGAGCUACACGUCCACAGUCCAACCAUCAGAGGACUACAUGCUUCACUUAUCUGGCCUCUACAACAAAAGUCAAAACCCAUGGAUGGUCUCUGCGAUGCAAAAUUUAAAAAUCACCAACGAGACUUCUUAUAAGAAGAUGAUCAGACAUUCUUAUUACUUGAAUCCGUCUUUGUCAUCAUUGGCACACAAAUCCGUUUACAUGCUCUUGUACCUUUUAAAACAGUUUUUAGGAUCUAAAAAUUGCUACUCGGGCCACGGUGCUGAGAUUGCUAGAUGCUUUAGCAACUACAGCUUCGAAUUCCAAGCGUAUUUAAGAAAACAUUCGAACCGAGAUGGUCAAAAAAGCGAUACCCCUUGGAGAGUCAAGGAUGCCACAGGUCGGUUUUCUUUUUACCAGCUGGUAUCGAAAGAUGGUCGUCACGUGUUGGGCAUCAGCCAUCAUAUCAUUGGCGAAGACAAACUGGUGGAAAGGGAAAACCCAAUCAGCGUCAACUCCUUUGAUUUCCAUCCAGACUACCUCGACCCGACACGCUUCUGCAUGCCGCAAUGCGGAAAUAACGAAAUUCGACAGCACUUUACGCACUGCUGCUGGCGUUGCAGAGCCUGUUCGGAAGACAAGAUCGUCUCCGAGUCUGGCUAUGCCUGCGAAGAAUGUCCACUCCUGCACUGGCCUUCUUAUCUGAACAGUAAAGGUACUUGCCAAGAGAUAGAGCCAGAUUUCAUUACCUUAUCACAACCCGUUUCAUUUCUCCUCCUAAUUGUAGUGGUCAUCAGCUCCUUGUAUGUGGUCGCGGUGCUCGUGUGGUAUGUGGUGAACCAAGGCCACUCGCUGGUCAAGGCGUCCAGCCCUGACCUCAAUUACGUCCAGUUGGUCACCUUUUUGAUGGGCUACAUCUCAGUGGUGUUCUUCAUAGUGGAGCCGACGCACAAGAACUGCACCAUCGGGUUCCUUCUCUUUUCGUCCAGCUUCAACAUCUCUUAUUUAAUCAUGUUGACCAAAGCCAUUAGAGUGUACAGGAUUUUUAUCACGUCCGUGAGAACAAUAAAGAUUCCUUAUAUCAGCAACGAGUUUCAUAUAUCGGUGUGCGUGGGGUUCUUUUUAGGCGAGAUCCUUAGAUUCUCGGUCAUCAACUACCUCUUCCCCAUCACGGCGUCGCUGUUCCAGCCGGUGCCGAGCCUCCAGUACGCAGAGAAGGCCUGCGCCAUCCCUGACGCCCACGUCGUUGUGUUCAUCAUUCUGGACUCCCUCCUUCUCCUCACGUGCAUCUUCCUGGCCUUCAAGACCCAGACGCUGCCCAACAGGUUCAGGGAGAGCCGCUACGUGUCCGUCUGCGUGGUCACCGCCCUGGUGGUCUGGUCGGCCUUCCUGCCCGCCUACUUCACCUCCGUCUACCGCAGGGACCAGACGAUGCUGGUCGUCUUCGCGGUCCUCAUCAACAACAACAUGACCCUGUCGAUGCUCUUCGUGACCAGGCUCGUGACGGUCGAGUACCUCAGGGGGCACGGCUGGCUCUUUAACGUCGCCAGCUUGUUCUGCUUUUGUGAAAGAAGUGUAGAGAAGUAAAGAGAAGUGGCAACCAUCGCAUUUCGUGCCCCCCCCAAAAGACUCCUCCCGCUAGUGACGCCCACUGUAUACAGUAUAGUCUUGUUUCGUAACUUUCUGCUUAUGUGAAACAAAGUUAACUCUUUCUCUCCUAACUGACGAUACCAGCGUUGAUUCCACCAGAAUGUGGUAAAUAAUUACGGAGAGAAAGAGUUAAAACUUAUAAAGCGACGUCACUGGAUAUAUUACAGUCUUGGUUCAUAAUUUUUCUGCGAAUGUGAACCUUAGUUACCUCUCGCACCCACCCUUUGUGACACCACUGGAUAAAUUUAAAAAAAAAAAUGUUUUAGAACUUUUUUUUUCCUUCUGCGAAAAAAAAUUUAACAACUGAAUGGAAAUGGACGGGUUCUAAUUUGAAAGUAAGAGUAAUCAAUUAUAAAAAUCAAAAUGCACAAUCCAAGCAAAGCCAAAAAUAUGACCCUGAUGUGAAAUAUAUCUAAAAAUACUAUAUUUACUAUCGCUGAAAUAGGUUUAGAUUUCGAUAUAUUGAACCUCGUCAAUCAAGCUAUAUAUAAAUUGGGAAUUGGUGAAACUGCCCAUGGGAGCUGGCUCAUAAAACAUUAAUAACAACUUUAUGUCGCCUUUAAUUUCAUAUUAAACAAGUUAAAUAAACAAGUAUCAUGCGCUGAUGUGGUAAAAGGGAGAGUAUCCAGACCAUCGUUAUGAGCGUAUUAUAUUUUUAAUUAGUAUCGCCACUAACAUAAUUGAUUUCAAACCAAAAGUAGAGCAUAUAAUUGUGCUAAACCAAUAUCCUUGACAUCAAUAACCAUAGAUGUCUUGUCAAACAGAAAUCAAUGCAGUGAAACUACGCUUUUCAAGACAAAGCAUAAUCUGUAAUGAUCAAACUGACACCUCAGGAU